AUGGCACCGAGGCCGGCGCCACCAGCAGCAGCCGCGGGCGCGGCGCCGCUGGCGCUCGGCCAGGCCGUCAUCACCCUCAUGCAGACACUGAAGCAGAGGCCAAGGGGCGCGCACGCGGACGCCCUCGCCCGCGCCGCCCCCACGCUGGCCGCGCUGGCGGCCGCAGCCGAGCGCGACCGGGACGCGGCGAGGGCGGCGCCCCAAGGCCCGCGCGCCGCGGCGGCCGUGCCGGGCGCCGCGCUGCAGCAGCUGGCGGCCUGCCUGCGCGUGGCGGACGCGGGGACUGUGCAGGCGGCGUUGCAGGCAGUGCGCGUGCUCGCCGAAGGCGGCGCAGCCGCGGGCCCGCGGCCGAUGCAGCUCGCGUCCGCAGACGGGCUGCUGGGGCGCGUCGCCGCCUGCCUCGGCAGCGCCAACAUCGCCACCGCGCGCGACGCGGCCGCGGCCCUCGCGGCGGUGGCGGGCGGCGGGGAGGGGCCCGUCCGGCUGCUCCUGCAAGUGGAGGGCGCGGCGCCCGCGCUGCUGCGGCUGCUCAGGCCGGACGCCACCCCGGCACGCCAUGCGGCCCUACUCCAGGCUCUGGCCUGCCUGUCCCACCUGGUCAUCCACGGCGGCGACGCCGGCUGCGACGCGGCGACUGCCACCCCCGCCUUUGCCACAUUCGUCUCCACCCUUUACAUCGGCAAACCCCCGGCUAUCACUGACGACUGGGACACCCCGACCUUGGCUCUGCUGCGCCUCGCGCAGCGGCGCCGCGCGCCGCCGCCCGGCGCGCUCACCGAGGCUGGCGGCGCGCUCGACCCCGGGCGCGAAUACAACUUGCUGCUGCUCACCCUUGAAAGGCCCGGGCGCGCCAGGCUGCCAGCGCGCUUCGCGCGCGCCCUGGCGGAAUGCAGGGAGGCGGAGGAUGACGUCAGCGCCGACAGCUCGUUCCGCCUGGCCCGCGCGGUGCGGCUGCUGCGCGUGCUGGGGGACGACGAGCCGGGGCUGCUGGCUGAGCUGGCGCGCGCGGCGCCGGCGGCGGUGUGCAACCUGGCGCACGUCGCGAGCGCUGAAUAUGGGUCGUGCGUCGGCGGCGACGAGAGUGACCUGCACGACGACGCCGUCCACACGCUCAACGUGAUGCUCGACGCCGCCCCGGAAGCCGGAGAGGCGCUCGCCGCGUGCCCCGCCGCCGCGCUGCCGCUGCUGCGCGAAUGGGCGACCGACGACGGCGCGGCCGACGACGGCGCGGCCUCCGAUGGCGAGCCGGAAGAGCUGCCAAUUCGCGUGCUGCCCGAGUUGUGCCGCGGCGCGGCGGCGGAGCGCAUGGAUGAGGACGUGCAGGCCGCGGCGCUGGACGCGGCCGCGCGUGGGCUUACCGACGGCGCGCCGACCGGCUGGGCGGCGGCGUCGGCAGAGGCGUUCGCGCAGAUCGCGCAGUCGGGCGGCUACGAAGGCGCCGCGGCGCGGCACGGGCGGCUGCUGGACGCCGCCUGCGACGCGCUGCUGCGCGGCGCGCCUGAGGGGGCGAGGGGCGGGCGAGGGCGGCGUCUUGAGGAAUUCGUCCGCGCUCGCACGCACGUGUGCUCGGCGGUUUGCCACAUCCUUGAUGAUUGGUGUUAUGCGGCGUCGGCGCUUCGCAAGGGACGGCUGUUCGCCGCGCUUGUGAGCGUCGUCACCGCGCCCCCGCUCGCGACCCCGCUCGCGCCCGGGCCGGCGGCGGCGCCGACGGCAGCCGGGGCGCUCGAGAUGCACGGCAGGGCGCUUGCCGCCGCAGCGCUUUGCAGCAGCGCUGGGCUCAACGCCCUGUUGGAGUGCGUUGACGUGGCGCCGCCGCGCGGCGCGGGCCCGGCGCCGUGGGCGGCGCUGCUCGCGGCGGCGCCGUCGCUGCUGCAAGGAUGCGCGUCUGAGCUCGCUGCACAGCGGCGGCGGCGGUGCCUGGCGCAGCCGCACGCGCCCUCGGCCGCGGGCGUCGCCGGCGGCGGCGGCGGCGGAGUGGUGCUUGGCGGAGCAACGGCGGACGAGGAGUGGCGCCGGGACGCCUUCUCAGCCGGCUCGAUGGCGGGCCGCCCCGUCGGGGAGGACGCCGCUGAGCAGCUGCAGCAGGACCUGCGCGCGCGCCGGCGGCGGGCGGAAGUUGCGGAGGCGACGCACACGCUGUGCAGCGCGCUGCUCACGCUGAUGGUGCGCCUGCUGGUGAUUCAGCGAGCGGACGGGCGCUGGUUGUUCAUGGGAGACACGCCCCGCCCGCGCAGCGCAAGCAGCGGCGCGGCCGCGGCGCAUGCCGACAAGCCGGGGCCGGACGGGGCUGUGGCUGGAGCAGCGGCUUCGGGCACUGCUGCGGCGGCGGUGGAAAAAAAGUGGGAUCCGGUGCGGGCAGCCGUCGGCGCGGUCGGCGGCUGCAGCAAGCUGACUCAGCUGUCGCUGCUCGCCGCGGCCGCGGUCGAGGCGCGCCGCGCCGCCGACGCAGCGGCGGCCGCGGGGGACGCCGGCUCCGCGCGGCGCGCAGCGGCGCUCCUGUGCCGCCCGGUCUACAAUGAGGACGCCGUGGCUGAAGAGGGCGCGCACAAACAUGACUUGGCGUUCGAUUGGUUCACUUGCCAGUUCCCAGAUUGCGCCGCGGACGGCCCAUUUGUGGCGGCGCUGAGGGUGCGCAUGGAGUCGGAGCUGCGAAAGCUGAGGGGCGGCGGGGGCGGCGGCGGCGAGGGGGGCGCAGCGCCGGCGGGGGCGGCGGCGCCUGAGCUGCGUGGCAUGGGCGCGGCGGCGUGCUUGGCGUUCGCCCCCGACCCCGCCCUCUCCGGCGCCGCCGGCGGCCCCUUGCCCUGCGCGGUGUGCGCGCCCGCCGGCGACACCGGCGCGAAGCCGCCGCCGGCGCGGGGGUGCAGCGGGUGGGGCGACGCCGGGCUCGACGCCGGGAUGCGCGCGCUGUUUGCGGCGCCCGUCGAUGCGGGCAGGAGCUGCCUGUUGGCCUGCCUGCUGGAGGCGGCCGCGGAGCACCUGUGCUUCAUGGGUGAGGACGACGACGGCGACGGCUGCUACUUCGAGCCCCUCGCCCCCAGUGCCUCCAAGGCGGCCCAUGGGGGCCGCCUGCGGGGGCGCACAGCCGCGCCCGCGGCAUGCGGCACCGCCGCGCCGCGCAGCGGCCGCACCCGCGGCUGCGCGUACUGCGGAAAGACAUCCGCGCAGGGCGCAGCGCUCCGGCGCUGUGCGGGGUGCGGCGUGCUGACGGGCGUACGCUACUGCAGCCAGGCCUGCUGCCGCAACCACUGGGUGCGGACGGGGCACAGGCAGCAGUGCGAGGAGGCGCAGCGGGAGCUGCGGGAGCGCACUGUACAGCAGCAGAGCCAACUCGGCCCCUCAGCCGCAGCCCCCGGCUGA